AGCAAGCAGGGGCACCUUGGUGAGAAAGUCCAGCUUCCUUUCCUGGGGGCUCUGUGCACCCACUGGGAGCUCCUAUGUGCUCGCUUGUGUCUCUGGGGCCUGCUUGCAGACCGUUUGUUUUAGAGCUGCUCCUGGUCCUUUGCUCCAAGCUCUACCACUAGCCAGCUAUGGGCGUGGACAAGUCUCUGAACUCCUCUGCGUCUUCACCCUUUCUUGUUUACUCAUAAAGUAAGUGGGCUGAGCUUGUUGAGCCAAGAGGUGUCCUGAGCUCCUUGCUUAGGUGAGGCGCCUCAGGGUGGCCAGUGGAGCGGGAAAAGCGUAGACUCCACCCCAAGCAAACUAGGGCUCACACGCCCCUGGUUAGAGCACAGAGAGCCACUCCCUGUCAUCAGCCUCCCACGCCUCUGCUCAGAAUCCCCAGUUUUGCCUAGGCUGCUGCUAGCACUGGAGAGGAGGAGAAUGGGAUUGAUGGGAAGGAGGCAUCGGGCCAGGGCCACCUGCUGACUGGUCUCAAGAAAUAAGGACCCUCUGUAAGCUUACCUUGUGCUUCCCUGGAUGGGCUCCCUGGCCGAGCAGCAGGCCUGUUUGGAGCCUGUGGCGCCAUGGGGAGAAGGUCCCCCAGACAGGGAGGAGCAGACUCUUACUGAAGUACUGACUCAGGAGCUCUAUUUGGCCUACAUGACUGUUUAUGAACAAGGUUGCGGGAGCCUCCCAGAUGACCUUUCAUCCAAAGCCCAACAUCACAAUUUGUUUUACCAGAAAUCCCAGGUGUUUGUGUUUAGCUCUUCCUCGAGGCCAUUUGGAGAGUGUUUGGACUCAGAAGUGUCAAGGCCUGUGCGAAGGCAGGGCCUCUGGUGGGGUCUAAAGAUGGUCACUGCCCUCCAGGCCCCCGUUUCAGUCUCAGAAAUGGAAAAGAAUCUCCAUCCAGAAUUCUUGGCCAAACAAGUCAGCAAUGCAGCAAGGGGAAGUCCGGCCCUUCUGCUCUCUGGGGACUCUUCCCUGUGUGACCACACCCUCUGCUGUUGGAAGAGAAAACUGCAGGAGAGAGUUGACAAAGGCAUUGAGACGGACGGGUCCAACCUGAGCGGUGUCAGCGCCAAGUGUGGCUGGGAUGACCUGAGCCGGCCCCCCGAGGACGACGAGGACAGCCGGAGCAUUUGCAUCGGCACUCAGCCCCGGCGGCUCUCUGGCAAAGACACGGAGCAGAUCCGGGAGACCUUGAGGAGAGGACUUGAGAUCAACAGCAAACCCGUCCUUCCGCCAAUCAACCCCCAGCGGCAGAACGGCCUCACCCACGACCGGGCCCCGAGCCGCAAAGACAGCCUGGAAAGUGACAGCUCCACGGCCAUUAUUCCCCAUGAGCUGAUCCGCACGCGGCAGCUCGAGAGCGUACAUCUGAAAUUCAACCAGGAGUCAGGAGCCCUCAUUCCUCUCUGCCUAAGGGGCAGGCUCCUGCACGGACGGCACUUUACAUAUAAAAGUAUCACAGGUGACAUGGCCAUCACCUUUGUCUCCACGGGAGUAGAAGGCGCCUUUGCCACCGAAGAGCACCCUUAUGCAGCUCAUGGACCCUGGUUACAAAUUCUGUUGACUGAAGAGUUUGUAGAGAAAAUGUUGGAGGACUUGGAAGAUUUGACUUCUCCAGAGGAAUUCAAACUUCCCAAAGAGUACAGCUGGCCCGAAAAGAAGCUCAAAGUCUCCAUCCUACCCGACGUGGUCUUUGACAGUCCGCUGCACUAGCCUGGGCUGGGCCCUGCAGGGGCCAAGGGAGAGCCCAGCUGCUCCCUGGUGACUCCAGUGUAACAACUGCGUAAAUGAGACUCCCACAAAUAAAAGGACAAGUGUGAGGAUGACCACGCAGCCACUGCGCCCGUAGCCCGCUGGGAUGCCACGCACAGGCCGCAGGCCCCCCCUCACCUGCAGCUCGGGGGCCUCCCCCCGCAGCCGGCCAAGCCAUGUGACCAGGCCCUGGCCCCAGUGGGCCACAGUUGGGCAAAUGCCAACCUUCCCCUCCUGCCACUGCCACAGGUUCCGUUUUGAGAUUUGCCUCCGGACCUCUGAUGUGCUCCUAGGUGGAGACAGGCCUCGUUCUCACCUACCCUCUGCCACACAGCCCAGCAGGAGGGAGGCGGAGUGGCCGCCUGUAUGGCCCAGCUCAACUCUGGGGAGGCUUUGUUAGUCAAGCUCCUCUGGCCGUGGAACGAUUCCUUCGAUCGUGUUUGGUUUUCUUCCUCCUUAUUUUAUUUUGUAGAAACCGGAUGGUAUUUUAUUGCUCCUCAAAGAUGUCCAGAAGCCAUCUAUAUAAUGUUUUUUAAACAGAACUUUAUUUCCAGAUGAACUUUCUCAUUCUCUCAGACAAGGGCCUGGGGCCGUCUCCCCCUGAGCUGCCACCAGAGAAGGUGCCAGUGUUCGCCUGCCAGUCUGGGGCCCUGAAGGAGCCAGCUUCGCAGAGAGGCUUUUCUUCCCAGCUGGGCCUGGUGGAGCCGAGGCACUCCCCCAUGCAGCCUUGAGCCCAGUUUAGCUGGGGCCAGGAAGGGCUGCUGCUGGUUCCCAGCUGGACUGGGUCCCCACAAAGUUCAAGGAUCAUCAGGAUCUCCGAGACUUGGUGACUGCAGCCUCACCUUCCAGGCGUUUUCCUCCCAACCAGGCGUGCCUGAGAGAGGGCGAAGCCCAGCGCUUCACAGACCAUUCCCACCUGCCACUCAGGGCCUGGGUCUCCAGCUCUCUGCCACUCCCAUCCCAUUUCCUCAUCCCCCGGGCCUCCCAACCUCCAGGCUGCAGGACUCUGGCUUAUUAAAAACAGAAAAAUCAACCUCUCAACAUGUCUUUCACUUUGGUUUUGCAAACGCUGCACUCUCCCGCGCUCCCGUCCUCCCUGCAUCCAUUCAUUUCUCAUCCUUCAUUCUCUACCCCUUGUCCUGUCUCCUUUCCUGCAUCCUGGCCUCUCGCGGUCCUUGGUCCCUCACCCCAGUAUUGCAGAUCUCGUGGUCUUCCUAUCUCAUAGCCAACCUAUCUCUGGCCCGUGGUUUUGGGGUUCUUCUUGGGUUGUCUCCCACUUUUGACCUGGAAUCAGCAAGCCCCUUUCGUGCCCUCUUACCCCCAACUCCAGGGACGGCUAUUCCGAGAUCACCCUUCAGGCCUUUCCAAAGCAAAGUCCUUUUGUCUGUCACAGACCACACAGGCCCAUGCCCUGUCCCUGUCUGCAGCCGCCACACACACAGGCACCACCGGGAGUGCCAGGGAGGUCCACGGGGUGCAGGACGCCUCUGAUGAGCAAUCUAGCCAAAGAGCUGCCUCCAGGGGCCGUGAGGGUAGUGGCCAGGCUGUUGGACUUCCGAGGGGCCACUCGGGUCUGGUUCCUUCUCUGCAUACACCAGCAGGGCUGCCUGGUUAACCCCAUCAAACUCAGCGCUUCACGGCGGAUCGGCCUGGCACUUGGGAGAGACGCCGCCCCCAACACACAAGCGCCGAAGAUGGAAGCCCCUCUGGACCUGAUGUUGGCAGCAGCUGUGCCUUCUGCUCUGAGGACUUUUCCAGAAGGACGUUUCCUGGCCUUCACCCACCACAGCAUCCCUGCCUUUAAAGCUCUUGUCUUCAGACAUUUCAUGGCCAAAGAGGUGCCGUCGGCUUGCCUCCCUGCUUGCCAUCCUGACCUGCCUCUCCACAGAUUCUUUCUUUCUGGGGACCUGCCUCUACCUGCCUGGUUUGGCUUGGGGGGAGGGGGUAUUUUCUGAGCUAAGUUUUGUUGUCAGUGUGGGAGGCAGAAGGGAAGCAGGGGAGCUCUGAGACGAUGGGCCUGUGAAGCCUGUGGCCCCUUCCUGCCCCGUCAGUGUGGGGAACCUCCACAGUUCGGCCGGAACCAGCCUCCUUCUCCUUUCCCUACAGUGCAUGGGCUCUGGGGGAGUGGUGGAACAUUCGCCAUCUCUGCCCAGACCUCCUUUCCCUUAGGCGGUGGUGCCUUCCAGAGGUUUCUCAGCAAGGGGGCCCUCCACUGAGCUUCUGGCUGGUGAGAGGGGACCCUCCCUGGGGACGAAGCGAGGCUGACCAUGGGGCAUGCCCAGCACAGCACUUGGCAUAUGAUGGGCGCUCACUAGAUGGACCCCUUCUUUCUCUCCCUGUAGCUCUUUGGGAGCCCUGACCUCAUAGUAAGUUGGGGAGGUAAGAAGCCUCCCUCCCUAAAUCUGCCUCUUGCCACAGGCUUCCUCGAAACUUGCCCCAUCCUACCCCAUCCCUCCACGUCCCCGUGGCUGAAGCUUCCGAGAAGAAGAGGCUCCCCCAUGCUGUUUGCCAGCUACACGAGGCAGACGCCCACGGCUCCUCAGGCGCAGUGUGGGCUGCAGGAGGACCACAGACCCAGCUGCCAUUCUGUGGGGCUGGAGAGGCUCAUGCAAGGUCUCAGGUCUGGCUGAGGAGCUGGUGCCUCUUCCUGCCCUUCUCUUCCCAAGGCGAGGCUUCAGGGCAGGGGCUGGGAAGCCUUGGGGAGAGUCUAAAGGGCUAGCAUGUUUUAAAAAAUAAACACAGGGUCUUGAGACUGGGUUUUGAGUUGAGAGCAGGGGAAAAACCUGAAGGUCGGCCCCUAUGGGGCAGACCAGGAGAGAAUUCCCUUGACUGUAUUUUUUUAUCUGGUUGUCUUUCCUCUCUGGCUUCUAGGUCCCUGUGCCAGGUGAGGUACCUGGGUCCCUGUUGUAAGUCAGGAGCCCUGUAGAAAGAGCCCUCCUUUUGUACAAGUACCUGAAUGCUGCAAUGAGCAGACUUUUGUAAAAUUUUAUAUUAGUUUCUAAUGUCAAUGGUGACUCGGUUCCUGGGGGCUGCAGCCAGCCUGGGACUUUUGUAAGAAUUUUUGGGUGACUCACUUAGAUGUCGUUUCCUUCUUGCCCCCUCUUCCUCUGUGUAAUCUAAGUGCAUUAAACGUAUUUGCAGAA